AUGAAAGGGACAGAUCUUGACAUGCUUUGCCUGCGUGACUCCAGCGACUGCCUCAGAGAGCAGGUCCAGUACAUGAUGCGCUCCCUCCAGGACCUCAAACACCUGCGCAGAACCUGUGCCGAGACCCCGAGGCGCCCGCUCUCCCAAAUCUCCAGCGCUCAGCUCCCCGCCCUGACCCGCCACUCCGCAUUGGCCCGCACUUGCCAGCAAAGGGCCCUCCAGCGGGAGCAGCGAGCCCGGAUGCGCAUGUCUGACGCUAGCUCCAGCACCUACGACUCGGCGUGUUGCUUGGCCAGUCCGCUGGAGGAGGAAGAGGAUCAAGACGGACGCUACAGCCAUCGCUUGAGUCUCGAUCUGAGCACGCCGACGAGCCACCGCAGCUUAGACUUGGACUCGGGAUACUCGGAAGCGUCUUGGCAAGAGGAGCCCGUGGUACUGAGGCGUACAAGAAAUGUCCGAGUGUCUUCGUCGGCUUGUCUGCGCACCAACAGAGCUUCCAGCGGUCGCAUACGCCCCAAAUCCACGUCUGAUGUUUGUCUGGAGAGUUGGCUUGGUCUGACGGAAGACUGGACGAACUCUUUGCUAACUCGCGGGCGAAACAGACAGCCCCUGGUCCUGGGAGAUAACAGUUUCGCGGACUUGAUUCAGAACUGGAUGGAUUUGCCCGAGUGUCCCGAAUCGGCGGAGGUGAAGCCCGCGCAGAGAAGGACCGGGAAAGGCUUCUUCGUCAACAUGCGGAAGAAGCUCUCAGGGUUUUCCAAAAGCGUGGAGGACAGGGUGAAAAUGAGGCCAGAGGCUGAGAGGGCAAGCAGAACGGCGAACGCAAGCAAGCGUAUGUCCUGUCCGGUCGCGGCGUUGCCAAGCAGGACGGCGUUUUUCCACCAGUCCUUGUCAAAUAUUCACGAAGUGGACACCGGCUUCUACCACUUUUCUGAUUUGAUGAAGUCCGGGAAUAGACAACCGAUUAUAUGCAAAGAUAUUAUUGGAUAUGUCUGA